AUGUCUGAGAAGCCCACAAUUCGCUGGGGUAUCAUCGGAACGGGCUUGAUAUCCUCCUGGUUUGCCGCAGAUCUUUCCAUCCCCCGACCCGAUGCCGAGGCAAACCACAUAAUCCAAGCAAUCGGCUCCUCAUCCCACGAGAAGGGGAAGAAAUUCGUCGAGACACAUAUUCCCGGCACGUCCCCCGCUAUUGGCACCUACGAGCAAGUCUACGCCGACCCCAAUGUCGACAUCGUGUAUAUCGGCACACCGCACGCCUUUCACCAUCAGAAUUGCUUGGACGCGAUUAGGCACGGAAAGCAUAUUCUCUGCGAGAAAGCCUUUACGUUGAAUGUCGCCGAGGCUAGUGAGGUUUUCGAAGCAGCUGUUAAGAAGGGUCAUCGGGGACGUAAACGAGUCUUUUGCGACUUCGGGAUGAAGCAGGAUACCUCCGCGCUCCCGGCUGACUCGAGAUUGAAGAAUCCAGCUCUCGGGGCCGGAAGCCUCCUCGACAUCGGCAUCUACAGCGUAACGUGGGGUCUUAUCGGCCUUGGUCAGCAGACCGAGAAGCCCAAAAUUGCUGCGUGGCAACAUCUUAUUGACGGGGUCGACAUCGCCUCAUCUAUGAUUCUGUCAUUUCCCCAAGGCCAGCAGGGGAUUCUCACCUCCACGACCUUCACGAAGACGCCCAGUUCCUUCUGCAGAAUCGAAGGGACGAGGGGCGCGGUCGUCGUCGAAGGUUUCGUAACUUCCCUGCCCCAGUCUUUCACCGUCUACUUGGAUGGCGAUGAGGAGCCGAAGAAGCAUGAGUUCAAGCAGCCCGGGAAGGGAUUCUACUGGGAAGCGGAUGCUGUGGCGGUGGAUAUCGCCGCGGGCCGGAAUCAGAACGAGGUGAUGCCUUGCGCGGAGACGAUUAGGGUCCUGGAGAUAUUAGAUGAGGUGAGGAGACAGGGAGGGGCGAGGAUUCCUCAAGAAGCGUGA